AUGGAGCACAUACGUAAGACGAACAAAAAGUUGGGUGUUGGGGCGAGAGGAGUUGUGUAUGAGGGAUAUGACGAGGAACGUGGUAGAUUUGUCGCGGUGAAGGAGAUUCCUUUUUUUGAUGACGGGGGUGUUGGGACAGGCGGCGGCGACGACGCGGCGGAGGAGGAGGACCCCACAGUUGUCGAAGAGCGGCGGGCAAUUGUGCGGGAAAUUACGCUCAUGGAGCGCUUUGAGCACCCCAAUCUUGUGGUGUACUAUGGGGCCCGCCGCAGUGCGGUCGGCGUGCAGAUUAUCAUGGAGCUUAUCAACGGCGGGUCUUUGGACGCAAUCAUUCGACGCCAGGGCUCGCUUCGUGAAAGUGUUGUGCGCUCCUACACACAUGACAUAUUGGAGGGUUUGGCGUAUCUUCAUGACACGGCAAGGGUGUGCCACCGGGAUGUCAAGCCAGCCAAUGUUCUCAUCACUGUAGAUGGUCGUUGUAAAUUAACAGAUUUUGGCGUCAGCAAACUCCUUGACGACAAUGUUAGCAUGAGAACGACAGUAGGGACGCCGUGGUACAUGGCGCCAGAGGUGGUCAACGGCAAUGCCGAUGAGGAUGUAGAAGGAGUUGAAGAUACGAAACGAUAUGACGGUGAGGGGAGCUGCAAAAAAAGAGUCCAUAAAAAUAGUUACACGACUGCAGCCGACAUAUGGAGCCUUGGGGUAACCGUAUUUGAGAUGAUAUCCGGUCGGAAGCCGUUUGGAGGGGAAAUGAAGAAUCCUGCUGCGGUGCUUUUUGCCAUUGCGUCAUCCGACGGGACACCCCCACGUCUACCGGAAAACUGUGAGGCUUCCGUCUCUCUCCGUGCAUUUCUAGACCUUUGCUUCGUUCGUGAUGCGCGAUUACGACCCAAGGCACGGGAGCUGUUAUCCCACCAGUGGUUUAUGGAGACGUCUGGUCAAACUUGUCACGGUCUGCUUGGAAACAACAUGCGCAAGAACAGCAGCAGCAGCAACAACAACAACAAUAACAACUGCAGCAAGAUGCCAGGCGUGGUGAUGCCGCCGCCGGGGUCGAAUCAGACCUCAUUACCAGCGCCACUUAACAUGCUGGACACGGCGGAUAUUAUGGACGCUGAGUCGCUGUUGUCUCCAAAGAAAUGCUCACCAAAGUCACAGAGAAGUGAGGCGAAAAGAAGAAUACCUGGCGAAAUUGGCCCGGCGUUUGCGUCGAGGGCACUCGAUCCGUCUGCCGUACGUGACAAGAAUAGAGACGGCGGUUUCUUUAGCUCGGAUGGACAUUAUGUUGAUUUACCUAUUUCACUGCCUCUUGUGCUGUCGCCCUUACGAAAAAGGGAAAAGUAA